AUGAGGUUCAAAUUCCCUCUCGUGGCCCUGGGCCUGGAGAUCGCCAUGAUUGUUUUAUUUGGAUUAUUUGUUCGUUAUGAAGAGGAUCAGAGCAGUCAGCAUUUCAAUGCCUCCAAGGGAGCAAACGUGGACAAAUUCAUUGAGUUAUAUCCUUUGUUCCAAGAUGUGCAUGUUAUGAUAUUCGUUGGGUUUGGCUUCCUCAUGACCUUCUUGAAGAAAUAUGGCUUCAGCAGUGUUGGCAUCAACUUAUGUAUUGCUGCUCUGGGCCUCCAGUGGGGUACAAUUGCACAGGGUCUCAUUCACGGCCAUGGUCAGGCAAUUCCGAUUGGCAUCAAAAACAUGAUCAAUGCGGACUUCAGCACAGCCGCCGUGUUGAUCUCUUUUGGAGCUGUCCUGGGGAAAACAAGUCCACUCCAAAUGCUGAUCAUGGCGAUUUUCGAAAUUGCUGUCUUUGUCGGCAAUGAAUAUGUUGUUGUUGAUCUAUUCAGGGCGUCUGAUGUUGGAGCAUCGAUGACCAUCCAUGCCUUUGGGGCCUAUUUUGGCUUGGCGGUAGCAGGUGUUUUAUAUCGCUCUGGCCUGAGAGAGGGUCAUGACAAUGACGAAUCCGUGUAUCACUCAGAUUUGUUUGCAAUGAUUGGGACUCUUUUUCUAUGGAUGUUUUGGCCCAGCUUUAAUUCUGCCAUUGCUGACCCUGGAGAAAAGCAGUACAGGGCCAUCGUCAACACCUACUUCUCUCUUGCUGCCUCUGUGCUCACAAGCUAUGCACUCUCCAGCCUUGUUGAACACCGGGGCAAACUCGAUAUGGUUCACAUUCAGAACGCAACACUCGCUGGAGGAGUGGCUGUGGGCACAUGCGCAGACAUGGAGAUUGACCCAUAUGGUGCUAUGAUCAUUGGCAGCAUUUCAGGAAUCAUCUCCGUGCUUGGGUUUAAGUUCUUGACUCCACUAAUUGCCAGAAAACUGAGGAUUCACGACACGUGUGGCGUCCACAACCUGCAUGGCUUACCUGGAUUGAUAGGCGGUAUCGCUGGCAUUGUGGUACUAGCAAAUGACCCGUCUAAAAGAAUCAUGCAGGGAUAUGCACUUGGUACGUCCAUCUUAUCAGCAAUUGUUGGAGGACUUAUUACAGGUUUAAUUCUAAAGAUACCUAUCUGGGGACAGCCAUCAGACCAGGACUGCUAUGAUGACUCUGUGUAUUGGGAGGUCCCUAGGUGGAGAGAACACGACCAUUACUUCCAUGAGCGUGAGCACCUCAGCCAGCUGGAGCCUGAAGUCUAA